AGGCACAAGCUCUACAAAAUGCGGUUGCUGCCGCAGCAGCGUCUCAGACGUACAUAACACAAGGAUGUUGCCAUCCUUGCAUAAGGCCCGAAAUACCUGGUACAGCACGUACUUUCGCUACGAUGCGAACGCAGCAACCAGGAUCCCUUCCCGAGUACCAAAUCGAUCCGUACGCCUUGCUUGAAGACGACCUCAAAGAUGUAUAUGUGUAUAUAAGAAAUGCGCUAAGGAGAAACACAUUCCAGGAUAAUUUAUAUGAAAUAGCAACAUAUUACUUCGAUGGACAUGGAAAAGCUCUGCGACCAAUGGUUACAAUUUUAAUGGCAAAAGCAAUCAACUCACAUAUGUAUAAAGAAAACAGUGGUCUUUUGUCGUCGCAAAGAGAAGUAGCGAUGAUAUCAGAAAUGAUCCACACAGCCUCACUUGUUCACGACGAUGUCAUCGAUCAGUCAGACUUUCGAAGGGGUAAACCUAGUGUUAAUGUCAAAUGGAACCACAAAAAAGUCACAAUGGCAGGUGAUUUUAUUUUAGCGGUAGCAUCCAUGUUGAUCGCUAGGUUAAGAAACAAUGAUGUCACGUCAGUACUUAGUCAAGUUGUUACAGAUCUAGUCCAAGGAGAAUUUAUGCAGUUAGGAUCGAAAGAAACAGAAAACGAACGAUUUGCUCACUAUCUACAAAAAACGUAUAGAAAAACUGCAUCGUUAAUCGCCAACUCACUGAAAGCAGUUGCGAUUUUAGCAGAAGCAGAUGAAAACUUAACUGAUAUUUCAUAUCAGUAUGGAAGAAAUUUGGGAAUAGCUUUUCAAUUAGUAGAUGACCUGUUGGAUUUCGUGUCUUCUUCCGAAGCUAUGGGCAAACCGACAGCAGCAGAUUUAAAAUUGGGUUUGGCCACAGCUCCUGUUUUGUUUGCAUGUGAGAAGUAUCCUGAACUCAACCCAAUGAUAAUGAGAAGGUUUCAAGAACCAGGAGAUGUAGAAAAAGCAUUUGAAUUAGUGCACAAAUCCAGAGGACUUGAACAGACACAAUUUUUAGCACGACAACAUUGCCAAGAAGCAGUUCGACUCGCUAGUCUCAUAGAACAGAGUUCAUAUCAAAAGGGUUUGAUAGUAACAGCGGACUAUGUCCUAAACCGGAUGAAAUAG